UUUUAAGUUAUACAUAGUUUUGUUUUCUGCGUUUCUAAUUUUUAAUUAAUCAAAUUGUUCAGUGUGGCUAAGCUGCGAUAGUAUUUUAUUAACAUUUCGACGACCGAUUUGUGAUAAAGUAUCAAUAAUCAUGUGCUGGGACGUGUUAAUUAUUAAAAACAAUUAGCAGGUUAUGUAUCACGUAUGUUGACACUGUUACCGUUGCCAAUAAAAAUCUCGCGAGGGGCGUAACAACCUACUUGACACUUCCUGUGAAACUUCCAGUAUCUGGAACAAGCGACGAUCGGCGCUCACCCGACGAGAUGUUCACCAAGAAAAAAAAGAAGCCGCAGAUUUCGUCGCCCACGAAUUUCGAGCACAGGGUUCACACUGGCUUUGACAAACACGAAGGGAAGUAUGUAGGCCUACCACUCCAGUGGGCCUCUAUAGUGGGCAACAACCAGAUACUGAAGUCGACAAAUAGACCCUUGCCUCUCGUAGACCCCUCUGAGAUUACCCCGACAGAAAUACUCGACCUCAAGACUAUCGUUCGUGGAGAUCACAAACAUGAGAACCGUCUAAGUGUUCACCAGGCCAAGCCGGCCAACAGUAAUGGUAUAGUUCUUCCAAAAAUGUCGAAUGUUGCCCGGUCCAACUCUCUUAGGUCCUCCAGUCCACCCAGGCUGCGUCGCGAACAUCGAAAUAAUGCCAACGUCCCUCCAGCCGUUCCUGAGGAACAUAUCAUGCAGUAUCCUUCUAUGAGACGGGAUCCGAGUAUAAGCAAGCCCCAAGUAAGAGACAGUUCUCCCGCGGAACGAUCCCUCAGCAACCACGAGGUACCAAACACUCACAUUAACAACAUAAACGGCAACAUCCCCGAACCUUAUGUUGGCUACCCUCCGCGAGAACAUGCCCAGAUAUCCCCCGCAGCUUCUAUGGCUUCCAGUGGGCCACCGCCACCAAUGGGUCUAUCACAUCUAGGGUCACACACUCAUUCCAGUCACGGUUCACAUCAAAGUCUACAACAUGCCGGUUACCCUCCCAGACCUGACCAGAAUCAAAACGUUAAGAACGGGAUGCAACCUCCUCCGGUACACGGGCCAGUUGGUGCCCCGAGUCACACAGCAGCUACAAAGCAUCACGAACAAAGAUUGACUCAUGAACAGUUCAGGGCAGCGCUCCAAAUGGUCGUUUCCUCAAAAGACCCCCGGGAAAACCUGGAACGGUUCGUUAAGAUCGGGGAGGGUUCCACCGGCACGGUCUGCAUUGCCCACGACCGCACCACUGGCCGUCAAGUUGCUGUUAAAAAAAUGGACCUGAGGAAACAACAACGAAGGGAACUUUUAUUCAACGAAGUCGUCAUAAUGAGGGACUAUCACCAUCCCAACAUCGUGGAGAUGUUCGACAGCUACCUGGUGAAUGACGAGCUCUGGGUGGUGAUGGAAUUCCUCGAGGGUGGGGCCCUUACAGACAUUGUUACGCAUGCCAGGAUGGACGAAGAGCAGAUAGCCACCGUCUGCAAGCAGUGUCUCAAAGCCCUAGCGUAUCUACACUCCCAAGGCGUCAUACACCGAGAUAUAAAGUCUGAUUCCAUCCUCCUGGCCCUCGAUGGACGAGUAAAGCUCUCGGACUUUGGAUUCUGCGCUCAGGUGUCACAGGAACUGCCGAAACGUAAAUCUCUUGUGGGCACCCCAUACUGGAUGUCGCCCGAAGUGAUCUCGAGGUUACCAUAUGGGCCAGAGGUAGACAUAUGGUCUCUCGGCAUAAUGGUGAUAGAAAUGGUGGAUGGGGAGCCGCCCUUCUUCAAUGAGCCUCCCUUACAGGCCAUGAGGAGGAUCCGAGAGAUGCCCCCGCCUAAACUGAAGAAUGCUCAUAAGGUGUCGCCGCGUUUACAGUCAUUCUUGGACAAGAUGUUGGUGAGGGAUCCCGCGCAGCGGGCAUCUGCCCAAGAGCUCCUCUCGCACCCGUUCCUGAGACAAGCUGGCCCACCAGCCCUGCUCGUGCCCCUGAUGAGGGGAGCGAAACACUCGAACUACUCGUAAGCGUACUUAGGGAACCCUGCAUAUAUGUCUAUAUCUAGCGAGGUAAAUUUUUUUUGUACUCCUUUUAAGUGAUGGUUGUUUUAUUUAGUUUUACAUACCAAAUAUUACUUGAUUUAAUAGUACUAAAAAUAUUUUUUUAUAGUUAUUGUCGCGACUUAAAUUAUUUUUUUCUAAGGCUUUUUACUUUUAUUGCUUCGUAGUAGUUACUUUUAGGUACAAAAUGACAUUCGGAGAGCACUCUUUCAUAAAUCGGGAAGUUUCAUUUUUACGGUGCUUCGGAAUACUCUUCUAAACGAGGAGUUUUUUAAAUAGGAGUUUUUCUUUUGACACAACAUAUAAUUCAGUACUGUACGCAAAUUUUCUUGAAAUAUGACAGCGCAAAUAAAAAAUAAAUAAGGGAUGUUAAUUUAGAUAAGUCCGGUUCUGCUUAAACUAUGGUUACUUUACAUAUUCCAAUGAAAUAAACAAUGAUCAUGCUUGAUAAAACUGCUCAACUAUAGGUCGAAAUAGGAGCAUAGUUUUAAUUUCAUGUGUGGCUUUCGAGGUUUAAUUUUAUUGUAAUUUUACGUUCUUUUAUUUAAAGUAUGACAGUUUUACGGAUUGUUAUGCCUUGGUCACUGCCAGUUACAAGCUUAUAAUACACUUUCUUAGCCUUAAGAAGGAAUUAUUGACAUGCACUUGUUCUUGGGAAGGCUUUGUGGGGUCGGACUAGAAUGAUUAUUUUUUUCGUGUCUCUUGUGAAAAUUUGUUAGUUUAUCAUGUUUUAAGAGCCCCCUCAAAA